AUGAAGGCUGUCAUCAAAGAGCUGGCGCCCGAGUACCGCAAGUGGCGGCGUGUGCAUGGCUUGCAGCCGCCGCUCCACGCGCAGCAACUGGCUGCCUGGGUGCUGCUGCUCAUCAGCGUGCUGUACCUGGUCGGCGUGCUGCUGCCGGCGCUUUGUCCGCCGCUGCGGCUGCCGGUCUGCGCGCUCGCCGCGUUCGUGCUGCUCGUUCACGUGGUGACGCAUGCUGUUGCUAUGCUCCUGGACCCGGCUGACGCAGACCUGCGCGCCCAGUGCCAGCGCGUGCCCGUGCCCGAGUUCGACCGCAACCGGCACGCGCACGUCAUCGAGAACGGCCGCUGCCACCUGUGCAACAUCAGCAUCGCCUCGCAGCGUACCAAGCACUGCUCCGUGUGCAACAAGUGCGUUGACCGCUUCGAUCACCACUGCAAGUGGCUCAAUCACUGCGUCGGCCGGCGCAAUUACGGCUGGUUUCUGGCGUGCGUGGCGAGCGCGGUGGUGCUGUCGUUCUUCCUGCUCGCGCUGGCCGUCGCCGAGAUGGCGCUGCUGUACGUGGCACCGGUCCGGCUGGCCGAUGUGCUGCACAAGAACCGCGUCAAGCCGAGCCCGCGCGUGCAGCACAAGGAGGAAAGCGGCUCGAAGGGCAUGGCUUAG